UUUAGUCCGAUUCUGUAAUUAAAUUAGGUUGGGUGGCAACCCCCUAAAUCCUAAUCCUGUGAAUCUGACUGAUGAUGGGUGCUAGUGCUAGUCUGCACCAAGAAGAAGACUCGAUGGAUUCUUCUACUGCUCCAACCAUUCCCAGAGACAAAGACUUCGGCAAAUUCCAAUUCGGAUGCGAACAUUACAAGAGACGAUGUAAAAUCAGAGCUCCUUGCUGCAAUCUCAUCUUCCCAUGCCGCCAUUGCCAUAACGAAUCAGCUAAUUCUUUACCUGACCCUAAAGAACGACAUGAUUUGGUCCGCCAAAACGUCAUACAGGUUGUUUGUUCAAUAUGUGAAACUGAGCAAGAGGUUGCUCAAUUCUGCUCCAAUUGCGGUGUCUCUAUGGGGGAGUACUUUUGCAAUAUUUGCAAAUUUUUUGACGAUGAUACCUCAAAAGAACAAUUUCACUGUGAUGAUUGUGGUAUUUGUAGAGUUGGUGGGCGUGACAAGUUCUUUCAUUGCCAGAACUGUGGAGCUUGUUAUUCAGUGGGCUUGCGCGAUAAACACUCGUGCAUUGAGAACUCCACAAAGAACUCUUGUCCUGUCUGUUGCGAGUAUCUAUUUGAUUCGGUAAAAGCUGCACAUGUGAUGAGUUGUGGGCAUACUAUGCAUAUGGAUUGCUUCAGCGGAAUGAUCAAUAAUAAUCAGUAUCGGUGCCCCAUUUGUUCCAAGUCAAUGGUGGAUAUGUCUACUUCGUGGCAAAUACUAGAUCUCGAGAUAAGCACAACAGAGAUGCCCGUUGAGUAUAAGUUUGAGGUUUCAAUACUUUGCAACGACUGCAACAAAGGGAGCAAAGCAAUGUUCCACAUUUUGGGACACAAGUGCGGGCAUUGUGGUUCAUACAACACUCGUAGAAUCUCAACUCCACAAGAUCCAGUUCUUGAAAUAGACUCAAAUCAUGAGAACUAAACAAUUCACAUUAGCAUAAUUUUGUAAUUUUUCUUUUAUUAAACUCAAAUGAGAGGACAUAACAAGAUCAAAAGAGAAGAAUAUGGCGUUAUGAAAUGAAAUGACAAAUAUUAUACUCA